GUCGCUUCACCAUCGUGAGGUGCCUUGGUAUUCAGUUACCUCCAGUCGAUCGAAUCAAACAGCGGAUGACGAAGCACCAAAGGAAUCUCAAGUGAGGGAUCAAAUAAAUCCACCAUAAAGGAACGAGGGAGUCCUUUAAAAAGAAUUUCAACAUAAAUCAUGGAAUAGUGAAGGGUUUUUUUUUCUCAAAGAAAAUCGUGAAAAGUCUUUUAGCAGUGAAAGGGACACUGAAUGUCCGCAGAGAUGGACAAGUUUGAUGUGAAAAAUGUGAAGAUAACCCACAAAGGGGUACUACAGCACAAUCCUGAUGGCACAACGGACAUACAGAAGAUCACCCAGGCAGGUCUUGUGGCCCGAAGUCCUGAGGGUACGGCUGCCAAGGGGAUGAACAUCCGAGGAAAUGAGGAUCUCUGGGUGGAAAUUCAGGCAAAUACAUUUAGGAAUUGGGCCAAUGAGCAUCUCAGGGAUACAGGAAUGAAGGUGAACGAUUGGGCAACAGAUUUCUGUGAUGGCACCCACUUGUGUGCUCUCGUGGAGUCACUCCAACAGCGCGCCUUGAAACCAUCCUGGAAUCAUCGUCCAGCCAAUCAACAUCACUUCCUGGAGAACGUCACGUGCGCCCUCAAUGCCAUUGAGAAGGAUGGCGUAAAGUUGGUCAACAUUGGCAAUGUUGACAUUGUCAAUGGGAACGUUAAGCUCAUCCUGGGACUCAUUUGGUCCCUCAUUGUUCGCUACCAAAUUGGCAGAAGUAAAUUCCCGCCACGGAAGCUGAUGCUGGCCUGGCUACAGGCUGCCCUGCCCGAAUGUAAGAUCUCGAAUCUCACAACGGACUGGAACAGCGGUGUCUUCCUGUCUGCCCUCCUUGAUUACUGCGAACCUGGACUCUUUCCGCACUGGAGGAGUCUCGAUUCUAGUCAAUCGAUUAAGAAUUGCACGAAUGCCAUGAAUAUCGCUCAGAGGGAAUUCGGAAUCCCCAAGGUUCUGGAACCCGAAUACCUAGCUUCACCGUGGUUGGAUGAGCUCUCGGGGAUGACCUACCUGUCGUACUUCAUGAAACCCGGUGGACCAGGAUACAAUGCCACGAUGCGUUGGGUCAAUACGCAAGUUCAGCGACCAGUCUCAAACUUCACGACUGACUGGAACGACGGGCGAGUUUUCUGUGAGAUCAUCAAAGGUCUCGGUGGCCCAGCUCCGGAUCCGGACAAGCUGCGCCUGGAUCCAUCAAAUUGGGAGACAAAUAUCAAGAAAGCCGUCGAUGCUGGUGACAAAUUGGGCGUCCGUCCAGUUCUAAGUCCCAAAGACAUGGCAAAUCCGGAGGUGGAACAUUUGGGUAUUAUGGCCUAUGCAGCCCAUCUGCAAUGGGUGCCACCGCGACCACCGCUAUCCAACAUGAUUGCCGUCCACUUGGACAGUACAUCGGGACGCGUUGGGGAGCCUACGCACUUUAGAGUCGAAGUGCUGACGCGCGACAUUGAGAUCAGCAAUGUUCGUGCUUUUGUGGUGCCGCCGCAUGAGAAGAGCCCCCAGCUCGUGAGGCUAAACUCACGUGGGCAGGGCACCUUCGUGCCAGACAAAUAUGGAAUGCACGAAAUUGUCGUGGAAGUCGACGAUGGGAGACUUGGAGGUCAUUUCUUUCGUGUUCUGCCGCGAUACAUUCAAGUGGCGCCUCCGGGAAUGGCACCAUGUGCCCUUGGGAGCCUUGUUGAGGUACUUGUAAAUGCCACGGGUGCUCCAAAGUCUGAGGACAUCCUCGUCACGGCGUACAGUCCAACAGCACGUGCGCUACGGUGCCCCCUGAAAAAGGUUGACGAGGGUCACAGUGCCAUAUUCAAGCCAGACGAAGCUGGCAUCUGGGAAAUUGCCAUCACCUACCAGGGUCGUCAUAUUCAGGGUGGACCCUUCACGUGUGCCGUAUUUGAUCCAAACGGAGUAUCCGUUCAUGGACUCGACGGAGCUCUUCCCAAUAGGGCUCAUUCCUUUGAAGUUGACGCUAGAGGUGUUGGCGUGGCAGGAGAACUCUACGUAGACAUUGUUCAUGAGAAGCAUUCCCUUGUCUGUUCCGUAGAGAAGCUCGUUGAGAAUAAGUAUCGAGUCACAUUCAUGCCACGCCAGAAUGGAAAGUAUCGCGUCUACAUUUACUUCAACGGGUACGACGUUAAGGGUUCUCCUUACAUUAUGCGUGUUGGAACAAAGGGACGCUCUGGGAAGACAAGAAGUGGCUCCCACAAUGAAAACAAAUUACGUUCGGAAAGCCCAUCUGUUCACUACACAAGCACAACUACAUCAACUCGACGAUCCUACUCUCCGCAAUUUUCUUCACGUGAACGUGAAGUUUAUUCACCUAAAUCCCCAUCUCCAAGCAAAUCUUUUGGCAAUGAAAUCUACUCAUCUAGCUACAAAACUGAGUCUAGGAAGCACGUAGAAAGGUCAUCACCUAGUCUGGAUUAUCACGUUAGCACCGAAUACCGAAGAACCCCUAAUCGUGAUGAUGUUGACCCCUAUACAGCUUCGUACACGUCCAAGCUCUUCUCUGAGAACUCCAAAUCCAACUCUAUUACUCGACGUGGGGAUACCUAUAGUCCAGUUGCAAGCCCCAUUACCGUCCGUGGAAGUUCAGCAGUACGCAGCAGUCCAGUUACCGUAACAACAACCACAAGAUAUGAAACAACAACCAGAAAUGUAACAUCUAGUCCAAGAUUGACUUCAGCAUCUCCUCCACCAUUGCGCCAGUCUGCUUCACCGAGCUUCAUAACUUCCUCGUCCAUUAACCGAAUUUCCAGUCCAGUUCCAAGUGCUUUGGAUUCAUCGCGACUUGUAAAGCAGCAAAAUUCAUCAUACAAAUCCUCCUACGUUUCUUCCUCGGAGAAUAUUCGCUCAAGCCCCCUCCUUUCGCCCACAAGGCACACAAGUGGAUCCCCAAUUACCUUUGGAGUUGACAGUAGUUCCAACAUACGUGUUUCGGCAACAAAGAAUGGGGCAGGAAGACGUGAUAGUUGGGAUGCCAUAAAUAAAACCAAGCACGUUUUGUCGCACAACUCAUUGGAAUCUCUGGCAAAUAUGACGGAAAAUCAGUUGAAUACGGACAUAACGUACACCCGUCCCAAGGAUAUUGACCACGAAACCGAAAGGAAUACCCAUUUCAACAAGUUUUCCCUCCACGAUGGACGCUUCAGCUCCAGUCCGGUUGGGCCAACAUCUCACUACUCCACGAGUACAGUAAAGGAGACAAGUGAGCGUGUAGUGACGUCUGAAAGUAGUGGAUACGGAUACACUUCACCAAGUCGAUUUCUACCAAUUGACAAGGAUGUAACAGGAGCCAGGGCAAUUUAUGUGCAGAACAUCCCAAAUGGCAUUCUAGGACGACCAGUUGAAUUUGAAAUUGAUGGCUCACGGGCGGGUAGUGGAAAUUUGGAGAUUCUGGUCAAUGGGGGACGUGUGACGUCGUCAGUACGGGCACUUGGUGGUCAGAGAUUCGUCGCGAGCUUCACACCACACGAGACGGGUGUGCAUAAGGUGCAGAUCACAUUCAAUGGCGAAACCGUUCCAGGCUCACCGUGGCACGUGGAAAUAAUGUCAUCGCCGGGAUUAACGCCUUUGGGUGAAAGCACCCGCCUCGUACCAGCAAACACGCCGGCGGUUUUUGAGAUACUGCCGCCUCCUGGAACAACCCUCACACGAGGGGAGUGUGUAGCCAAUGUACUUUCGCCCAGUAAGAGCAAAGUACCGGCUAGAAUCACCCACGAGGCGGCAAAUGGUGCCAUGCGUAUCGAAUUCGUUCCUACCGAGGUCGGUACGCACAUCAUCGAGGCGUCAAUUGGGGGCUCCAAGAUAAUUGGGGGUCCCCUCAUUGCAAAAGUGUACGACUCGAGUCUGAUCCAGGUCACAGAUGUCAAUGGUGGCGUUGUGGGUCAGAAGAUACAAUUCCGUGUGGAUGCAAGUGCAGCUGGUGAGGGCCAGCUGGAGAUUUCCAUCAAUGAGGGUGAGGUGCCCAAUCAUGUUCAAGUUGUCGGUGGCGGAAGGUGCCUGGUCUCCUUUACGCCAGAGCAAGCAAAAACCCAUCUCAUUGAUAUCAAGUUCAACGGGGAGACCGUUCAGGGGUGCCCUUUUGUGUGCGCCGUGGCCGACACAAGCCGUGUCCUUCUCAAUCUUAGCAAUCUCGAAUUGAUUGCUCUCCAUCGUCCAGCCACAUUCCACAUCACAGUUACAGGUGGUGGAGCAGCUGAGUUGGCUGUCAGCGUUAGGGGGCCUCAUGGGGAGCUACCUGUGCGUGUUGUGGGUGACAUAAAUGCGGGCUUCACGGCAGAAUUCACCCCAGUUUCCGUUGGGGCGCACACCAUAAAUGUCGAGUACAACGGCUACCCCGUUCAGGGCACCCCAUUCAUUGCAAAAUCCUACGAUGCAAGUCGCGUAAAUGUUGGUGCUGUAACAAAGGGCACCGUGGGGCGUGUUGUGCAAUUCACAGUGGAUGCUGGCGAGGCGGGUGAGGGGAAUUUGGAGAUCACAAUUUCAGCCAAGGGGCACAAUAUCCCCACUCAAGUCCACCCACAAGGCAAUGCCCGAUUUGCAGUUUCAUUCAUUCCGGCCGAAGCGUGUGAGCACAUCAUCAAUGUCUCCUUCAACAAAAUGCCCGUACCCGGGUGCCCAAUCAAUGUGGCCGUCAGCGGUGGAGCUGCAGGCCCACAAGUAUCCCUCGCAGGACCUGGGCCAAUUCAUCAGCCAAAUUCUCUCGUAAUUAAUCACGAGGGUGGGCGUCUUGAGGAUAUUGAAGUCAAUGUGGAAGGUCCAUUGGGUCAAUCUGUGCCAGCCCAAGUUCACCUCACAGCCGAUGGCAUGUUCAAAGCUGAGUUUGUACCACGAUCUGUCGGUGAACAUCGGGUCAGUGUAACUGUCAAGGGUCAACCCACCGCUGGUAGCCCCUAUUCUGCAAAGGUUUACGACGUCAAUGCAAUAAAAGUAAAGAACGUCAGUAGUGGAACAGUAGGUAAGCCUGUUACAUUCCUAGUUGAGACUUCACAGGCUGGGCCUGGAAAUUUGGAAGUAACCGUCAACGGUGGAAGAGUUCCAACGUCUGCUCAAGCCCAAGGACAACAUACGUACGCCAUCAGUUUCACACCGCGCGAAGCUCAAAAUCACACCGUUGAGCUACGUUUCAAUGCUCAGAAUGUCCCGGGAAGUCCAUUUAAUUGCAAAAUAUCAGCUGCAGCAAGAAUUGCACCUGAUACAGUAGACAAAGUUAGCGUAGGGCGGGUAUUUCGAUUUACCGUUGAGUCGGAUAUACCACCUCAGGUGGAAGUUCUAGGACCAGCUAGGAGGUGUGUCGAAACGAAUGUUCUUCCCAUAACUGGGGGGUAUAGUGUGGAAUUUGAACCAUUGGAUGUGGGUGAUCAUUCAGUUGAAGUGCGUCUGCCCCAUUCAGGACACGUUGAGGGUAGCCCAUUCCUUUUGAAAGCCUACUCAGCGGAAAAGGUCAUCGUGACGGAUAUUCGUCCGGGAGUUGUGGGAAAGAGUGUGAGCUUUGGAAUAAAUGCAAGUCAAGCUGGUGCUGGAAAUUUGGAGAUAAUUGUUGCUGUCAACGGGAAGAAUGUACCGAACUUUGUUCAAUCUGAAGGCAAUGCACGGUUUAAGGUGAACUUCAAACCAAUUGAAGCUGCUCCGCAUUUGCUGUCGGUUCGCUUUAAUGGGCAUGCAGUACCGGGAUCACCAUUCUCAUGCCCAAUUACUGCAGCUCCAACUUCCCCCAUUAAGGCGCUAGCUAAGGGGGAAUGCCUCAAGCAGGCUGCCGUGAAGAUGGACAAUACAAUUCAGCUGGAGGGAUUUGAAGAUAUUGAACCACAGGUAUUGGUAACAUCGCCAUCAGGUGAUAAUGUUCCGUGUCGCAUUGUGGCGCGAGAUCACGUUCACUUGGCGACUUUCCGACCUACUUCCGUUGGUCGCCACUUAAUUAGCGUCACGGUGAAUGAUCAACACAUCAACGGGUCACCGUACUCGUGCAAUGUCUUUGAUGUUUCGCGUGUCUCCAUUAGUGGACUAGAACAGCAUAAUGGUCCAGCUUCCCUUGGGGCUCCAGUCACCUUCAGUGUGGAUGCAGCUGGAGCAGGUGAGGGAACUCUGGAGCUCGUUGUGUCCACAGCAACGAGCACAGUAAAAGCAGAAGUGGUGGCCUGUGCACGUGGUCUGUACGAUGUAACAUUCAUCCCCCAAACAAAUGAGCCCCAUUUCGUCAACAUUACAUUCAACGAUGUUCCCGUUGAGGGGAGUCCCUUCCACGUGGAAGUUCAACAGAAUAUCCAGCACUGCCAAGUUGGUGGCGUGGCAAUCAUUGAACUUGCUGCUGAAGACCAACUUCUGGAAAUUACAACGCCCGACAGGAAGCAUGUUUCAUACUCAAUUAUCGGUGGGACUUUUGGGGAGUUCCGUACGCAUACAGUUGGAACGUACGUCGUCAAUAUCAUAGAUAGGGAGUCAAGGUCAAUCGUUGGGACACGCACUGUUAACGUAUUCGAUCCGAGUUUGGUGAAAAUUGUCGAAGUUGGGGAGGCUUUCUGCCAUCGUCCUGCAACAAUUGGCGUCUCAAUUUAUGAUGCGGGCCAAGGAACACUCACAGCAGUUGUGAGGUGUGGUGCCGUUGAGGUUCCACACUCAAUUCGUGGACCAUCAAAGUUGGGUAUUUGGGAGAUUGUCUAUCAUCCAAACAGGGUGGCUCCGCAUAAGAUCAACAUUAUGUACAAUGGGGUUCCGAUUUCAUCUAAGCCCUUGGAGAUCACAGUCAUGCCACCGGGAUACGGCAAGGAGACCAGCGUGCAUGGGAUGGGACUGUAUCAGGCAAGAGUUGGCAAGACUACAUCCUUCUCAAUUGACACAGUUGGCCGUCCUGCGAGGGAAUUUGAUGUGGUUGUUUCAGGACCCGGAAGGGAGGCUCUUCCGGUGCGUUGCUACCAAACUAAGGGUGGACAUCUACAGGCGGAAUUUACAACGCACAAAGUUGGACAAUGCUUGAUUGAGGUUUUUCAUCAAUCGAAGCCAUUGCCGGGUAGUCCAUUCACGUGUGAAUCAUUUGAACCCACAAAGGUUACCCUACACAGUGUUCCACGGGGUCCCAUCAAGGUUCACAAUCCAAUUUCUUUCACGCUGAGUGAGAUGGAUGCUGGAUUGGCAGAGCUGGAGGUCUUUGCAACAUCCCCAAUAAAUCACAAUCUACCCGUGAAUGUAAUGCAGAAGAGAGAUGGAAAUUAUUUAAUUGAAUUCAUGCCCCGCAUGGCGGGUCCGUACAAAGUUAACGUUCUCUAUGGGGGUGAACCCGUCAUGGGGACUCCAUUGUCUUUCACUGUCUCACCAGCUGGGCAGUCUACGAAGGCAGACGCGAGAGCAUCUGGAAAUGGGCUCGAAGUGGCCCAAAGGGGGAAGGAAAAUUCAUUUAUUGUGUACUGCCCAACAACACCGAAUGUCCUUGUUGAGAGGGCUGACAUGCACGGUGAACGGAUAGAGCCGAAGACAAAGUCUCUGGGCAACAAUGAAUGGAGAAUUUCCUACACAAUUCUCUCGGUGGGACUCUACGAAAUCCGAGCUAGUUGCCCCAAUAAGGGACCUCUGCCGGGUUCUCCGUGGACUAUUGCCUGCAUCGAUACCAACAAGGUGAUCCCUGUUGGUGGCUGGGGCCAACUACUCGACAACGAAGGACGACUCGUCCUACCGGCUAGGAUUAUCUUCGAUACAAGCCAAGCAGGACCCGGAGAACUAUCUUGCGCCAUAGAUGGUAGAGACAUAGCUGUGGACAAGCAAUCGGAUGAUAAGUCCAGGAUUCACAUUCCAGCAGAUGGCCUAACAACGGGAGAACAUAUUUUCGAUUUAACCUGGAACGGUGUGCCAGUGACUCAGAGUCCUCGACAUGCUUUCGUAACAUCUCAGCAAAUUGCUGACAAAGUCGUGCUAACAGGUCGUGGCUUGGCAGCAGCUCAAGCUAAUGAACCGGCUCACUUUACGAUCGACGCAAUGGCCGCAUCCCCAGGACGUCCGGAUAUAACGCUCAUGUAUCAGGACAAUGUAGUUGUGCCGGUGACGCUCAAUCAACCACGUCCAAGUGAAGCACUCUGGCAUGCUUCGUACACCCCAACACGAUCAUCCCAGGGACCAUUGAGCCUCAUUGUUCGCUGGAAUGGGAGGAUAGUCAAGGGGUGCCCUCUGAGUAUUGCUGUGGGAUCAUCAGUUGAUGCCACAAAGGUUCUGUGCUCGGGCGAAGGGCUUCGGCAUGGAGUUGUGGGGCGUGAAAUUAAAUCCUGGAUUGAUACAAGGAGAGCUGGACCGGGUGAGCUAACAGCUCACUGUACAGGACCACGGAAGGUGGCCUAUUGCGAACUCUACGACCACGGGGAUGCCACAUUCACACUUAACGUGAAGCCCCAGGAAGCUGGAAGGCAUUUGCUAACGAUCAAAUACGGCGGCCAGCAUGUAACUGGGUCACCAUUCUCACUUCGUGUAGCUGGUGCACCUGAUGCCAGCAAGGUUCGCGUCUAUGGUCCCGGCAUUGAGCACGGUGUUCUGGCCACAUUCCAGAGUCGCUUUAUCUGCGACACCCGCGGUGCUGGAGCUGGUCAGCUUACGGUUCGCGUCCGGGGUCCCAAGGGGGCUUUUCGUGUGGAAAUGCAGCGCGAAAGUCAAAAGGAUCGCACAAUUCUGUGCAAGUACGACCCCACGGAGCCCGGGGAUUAUCGGGUGGAGGUAAAAUGGGCCGGAGAACUCGUACCGGGCUCCCCAUUCCCUGUUAUGAUUUUCGACACAGAAGAAGAAUUGCGACGCUUCAUUCAGGGCAUCUGAGCGCAGCUAAAAAGAAAAUUUAUGGUUCAACUAACACUGAUGCUGUAUUAUUUUUUUGUCUCUUAUUUACAACGAAGUUUUCUUUUACAACAAAAAAGAGUAUAUAAUUUUUUUCUAUAAUAAUAAAUUACAUAUUUUGGUUAAUGAAUAAUAAAA